GUAGGAGGCGGAAGCGGCGAGUGAGCUCGAGCAGGAGCUGUGGCGAAGCCAUCGUCCGCGCCCGCGGAGCGGCGUCGGCGGGGUUGGCCGGGGCGGUAGAGCCUGGGCGGGCGGGCUGAAGCCCGGGGGUCGAGGCCGGGGAACCGGGGGACGGGCGGGCUCCCCCGCGCGCGGUCGUCGGAGCGGGCUGAACUCCCGCCCCUCCCCGCGCAGUCCGGGGGAGGAUGCAGCCGGGUGCCCCGGGGCGGGACGGGCGGCGGCGGCGGCUGCAGCGCUAGCGGCGCCGGGGGUGGGCGGCGGCGGCGGCAUGAGGCGCGGGGCCGGCGCCCGCGGGAGGGAGGCGCUGCCGGCGGCCCUGCCGCUCCCGCCUGAGCUCCUCGCCUUGCCCUGCCCGCGGGGCCCCGGCCGCUCUCGUGCCGGCCGCCGCCCCGGCCGCCGCUGGUGACCACUCGCCGCGCCGCGGAGGCUUCACCCGCGCCCUCCCCCAGGACGCUCCGCGGAGCUCCGGCCUCUUCGCCGCGCUCGCGGAGGCCGCGCUGCGCGCCGGGUGACGGCGAGGCCGGAAGAUGGCCUGGGUGCUCAAGAUGGACGAGGUGAUCGAGUCCGGGCUGGUGCACGACUUCGACGCCAGCCUUACGGGCAUCGGGCAGGAGCUGGGCGCCGGCGCUUACAGCAUGAGUGAUGUCUUGGCAUUGCCCAUUUUCAAGCAGGAAGAUUCUAGCCUUCCAUUGGAUGAUGAAACUAAAAACCCACCCUUUCAGUAUGUGAUGUGUGCCGCAACAUCUCCAGCAGUAAAACUGCAUGAUGAAACGCUCACUUACCUGAACCAAGGUCAGUCUUAUGAAAUUCGGAUGCUGGAUAAUCGGAAAAUGGGAGAUAUGCCUGAGAUCACUGGAAAAUUGGUAAAGAGCAUCAUAAGAGUCGUAUUCCAUGAUAGACGGCUACAGUAUACAGAGCAUCAGCAACUCGAAGGUUGGAAGUGGAAUCGCCCAGGAGAUAGACUUCUUGAUUUAGAUAUUCCAAUGUCCGUGGGAAUAAUUGACACAAGGACAAAUCCAAGCCAGUUAAAUGCGGUUGAAUUUCUGUGGGACCCUGCAAAACGCACAUCUGCUUUCAUUCAGGUACACUGCAUCAGCACAGAAUUUACUCCACGGAAGCAUGGAGGUGAAAAGGGAGUGCCUUUUAGGAUCCAGGUUGACACCUUUAAGCAGAAUGAAAAUGGAGAAUAUACAGAUCAUCUACACUCAGCUAGCUGCCAAAUCAAAGUUUUUAAGCCUAAAGGUGCAGACCGGAAGCAAAAAACUGACCGAGAGAAAAUGGAGAAGAGAACUGCUCACGAAAAAGAAAAGUAUCAGCCAUCCUAUGAUACCACAAUCCUCACAGAGUGUUCUCCGUGGCCCGAUGCCCCCACAGCCUAUGGGAAUAACAGUCCCUCCACAGCGCCCACUUUCACCUCCCCACAGCAGAGCACCUGCAGCGUCCCAGACAGCAAUUCUUCUUCCCCAAAUCAUCAGGGAGAUGGAGUUUCACAAACCUCUAGUGAACAACUUCAGCCUUCAGCCACCACCCAGGAAACACAGCAGUGGCUGCUCAAAAACAGAUUUUCUUCCUACACAAGACUGUUUUCCAAUUUUUCAGGUGCCGACUUAUUAAAACUGACAAAGGAAGAUUUAGUACAAAUUUGUGGGGCAGCCGAUGGAAUUCGGCUGUAUAAUUCACUGAAGUCAAGGUCGGUUAGGCCCCGCUUAACCAUCUAUGUCUGUCAGGAGCAGCCGGGCAGCUCACUGCUGCAAGGGCAGCAGCAGGCUGCAGGCAGUGGAGCCGAGAAUGGCAGUGGGACACCCUACGUUUAUCAUGCAAUCUACUUGGAAGAAAUGGUUGCCUCAGAAGUUGCUCGAAAACUUGCGUUGGUGUUUAAUAUUCCUUUCCACCAGAUUAACCAGGUUUACAGACAGGGUCCCACUGGUAUUCACAUUCUUGUUAGUGAUCAGAUGGUUCAGAACUUUCAAGAUGAGAGUUGUUUUUUAUUCUCCACAGUAAAAGUUGAAAAUAGUGGAGGUAUCCACAUAAUUUUGAAGUGAUUUCUUAUAUAGUCUGAACUAUAUUCAUUACCAAAUAAAGUCACGCUUAAAAGUGUGUGAAGACUGAAUCCAAGAAGUCUUGGGAUUGGAUUUUACUGUAUGAAUGUUUCAUAUUGAAAACACAAGAUGACCUUUCUAAUGAGCUGUAUGAGAGGCGAAUCUCCUCACUGUCACUGCCAUAGCCAAGCAUCCUCGUGAGAGUGAGCACGUCGGGACAGCACGCCUGCUCUGGGGCCACGGUGCAGGCUGGGCUGCCUGCCUCUGGCAGAGGCCAGUAGAUAAGAGUUCCUCAAAGCAGCGUUGGCUGUCUUUUUACACUGUAUGCGGUUUGGAAAUGAAUGUAAAAACCUACUGUGGGCAUUUACCUUUCUGUGCCAGUUUGGCCUGAACCUCCUGCUGACCUGGGCUGGGGACAGUGCUGUUGUGGAGCCAGCAGGGAGCCUGUCUGCAGAGAUGCGAUGUGCUGAUACAGUGACUGGUGGUCAGGUAAGAGGCGUGGCACUUCUCGGAAGAAGCGUGUCUAAGGGUGUGCGUCUCACGUGAUCAUGCCAGGUUGGGAAGAGCCACGCAGGAAGACUGGCUGGAAGCGAGCUGCAUUAUCAAGAGUACCUUGGUGAGAGGAUCAGUGUAAAUCCUAAUAGGUACAAAGACUUUGUGUUUUUGCCUUGUCACAGAUUUAUUGAAAAACUUUUGCUUCUGCUUCCAUUUUUAGCAUUUUAUUUCUGGUUUUCAUUUUUAAAGCCCCAUUGCCUUUUUUAAAUUAUGUGGUUUUCUUUCUUUUUCCUCCUUCCCUCUGUCUUUGACUGCCCUUCCCAACUCCCCCCCACACCAUCCUCCCUCUUAAACAUUUUUAAAGCUCGACCCCAGACAUUGGAAAUAGGUAAGCAGGAGAAAAAGUAUAGGUUCCGACAUGGAGUCAAGGAGUCUUUAUCAACAAGUUGAAAUUAUUCUUGGAACACUAGACAUCAUAAAUCAAACACUAAAUUGUAUCAUGUAAACUGCUUACACUUCUCAAAUAUUGAGCUUUGGUACAAUCAUGAGUAAACAUUCUGGUGAUUAUUUAGAGGCCUUUUUAUAUACCACAUAUAGUUUCUUUUUUCUAGAAAAAAUGUCUCUUUUCACAAAACCAACUUGUCAGCCACUGUACUUAUCAAAGAGAACCCACUGUUUUUGCAAUUUUUUCCUACUCUUUAUCUCUUCCCUUUAUCUAAAGCCUUUCCCAAAAUUCCUCAGCAAGAAUUGGUGAGGCCUGUGGUAUAGCACACCCAACUUGUUUUUAAACUUCAAUUCCAUUUUAAUUAUAGCAUCUCUGUCCAUUUACCCAGGUGUCUUGGUUUUGAAUGUAUUAUUUGAUCCUUUUCUUUGUUUGGGCAGAAAUAGGAAUGAGUCAUUUUGAAUUUAAUAUCUUUUCCCAGAAGAUGAACUACUUCAGUGAUUUAAAGCUUGACUGUUCUAUUCCUAAGGGGUGGGGGGUGUCUGUUUCCAUCUUUGGUUUUAAAAUAUCUUAUAGGCCAUAAAGCAGGAGAGCCUUCCUUCCUGUCAUGUUCCCUUUGCUUUUGUAUGAGCACAUGUUUUCUGUACCAAUCACUUGGGAAAGAAGAGAGUUUCUAUUGUUUUAGUUUUGCUUGUCGAUUUAGCAUUCCUUUUUGAGUCUCAAGACUUAUGGAACAAUAAAUGUCAGUCAAUGCUGUGUGCUAUUCUGAAUUCCUCAUAGGAUUUUAGAAGUGGGGUAAAAAAGUUAAAAGCUUGUCAAACUUGAAAUCACACACCAAGUGGUGUUGAGCAUUAGUCUGUCCCAGUGAAACAAGUUAAAUUAUGGCACCAGCAGAUUUGCUUUGUUUUUUUAAUAGUAGGAUGUAUACAUUUCAGUAUAAUAAAUGUUUUCCGAUUGUUUUGCAA